UCUUCAUCCAUCAUGUCUAACAAAAUCGAAAAGAAACCCAUCAACUUCUCCAACAUCUUGUUGGGUGCUGGCUUGAACAUGGCUGAAGUGACCACUUUGGGCCAGCCGUUGGAAGUCACCAAGACUACCAUGGCUGCGAACAGAUCGAUCACUAUGCCACAAGCCAUUAAGUUGGUAUGGUCCAGAGGUGGUCCUCUUGGUUUCUACCAGGGAUUGAUUCCUUGGGCCUGGAUCGAGGCCUCUACUAAGGGUGCUGUUUUGUUGUUUGUUUCUGCCGAAGCCGAAUACCAGUUUAGGAAGUUGGGCGCCAACAACUUUGUCGCUGGUAUGGGAGGAGGUGUCUCAGGUGGUUUAGCUCAGGCUUACUUGACUAUGGGAUUCUGUACUUGUAUGAAGACCGUCGAGAUCACGAGAUCCAAACAGGUUGCUACUGCUGGAGUUCCUCAGCAGACGUCGUUCCAAGUUUUUAAGGAGAUCUACAAGAAGGAAGGUAUCAGAGGUAUAAAUAAGGGUGUCAAUGCUGUAGCUAUCAGACAGAUGACCAAUUGGGGUUCCAGAUUUGGAUUUUCCAGAUUGGCCGAAGAAACUAUCAGAAAGAUCAACAAAAAGGGUGAAGACCAGAAGUUGACUGCCAUAGAAAAGAUCCUUGCAUCUGUUAUUGGUGGUGGUUUGUCUGCCUGGAAUCAGCCUAUUGAAGUGAUCAGAGUCGAGAUGCAAUCCAAGACAAAAGAUCCAAACAGACCCAAGAACUUGGGUGUGCUCAGUACGGCUCAGUAUAUCUACCUGAACAACGGGAUCAAGGGUUUGUACCGUGGUGUCACCCCCAGAAUUGGGUUGGGUGUCUGGCAAACAGUGUUUAUGGUCGCCUUUGGAGAUAUCUUCAAGAGAAUGUUGAAUGCCGACGGUGCUGGUCAUUAGCCUACAUAGAUACUUUAUACUAAAACUCAACUUUUCGAUUGACGUUUCUAAAUAAUACAGAGCUAGAACU